AUGUUAAAAAUGAAACAUGAUCUAGGGAGACGCAAAAAGCUCCUAUCCGGCGGGAAAGACGGUCCCGAAGCGAGCAACAACGUUAAUGCCGGAGCUGUUGGGAGCGGGGCUGCCACGGCCAAUGGAGCUGGAGAAUCAGUUGGGAAUGACAAUUCUAAUUUCUCGAGUCUUACAGCCGGAAUCUCAGGCAGCUCAGUAGGAGUAGAUCCCGGUUCAGAGACGACUUUCAUGGCGUUUGCCAUUAUUUUCAGCAAGCUGAAAAAUCCAAGCGCUCAGGAGCGUUCUGCAGCAUCGUUUGAGCUGAAAAAUAGUUUGGUUUCUCUCGCUCGUCAGGUUUCCACGGAGCAGUUUCAACGCUUCAGCAAUGAUAUAAACAACAAGAUUUUCGAGCUCAUCCACGGUUCUUCGUCCUACGAGAAAUUCGGAGGUAUCUUGGCAGUCGACACUUUGAUUGACUUUUACACUCAGUCAGACGAGCUUCCCAAUCAAACUUCUAGAUUGGCCAAUUAUCUCCGCGUUUUGAUCCCGUCUAGUGACGUCGACGUUAUGCGCGCAGCUGCCACAACUUUAGGGAAACUGGCAAUUCCUGGAGGCACACUAACGUCUGAUUUCGUUGAAUUUGAAGUUAAGACAUGCAUAGAGUGGCUUACAACAUCCCCAGAAAAUUCCUCCUCUAAUUUCAAGCAGGAGCUUAGGAAGCACGCGUCGCUCCUCAUCCUGACUGCGAUAGCCGACAACUCCCCUUACCUCCUGUACUCAUACAUCAAUUCGAUUUUGGAUAACAUUUGGAGAGCUCUGCGAGACUCACGACUAGCAAUUCGGAUAGAUGCUGCCAAAACCCUUUACAAGUGUAUGGAUAUCAUUCAAGGAAGGGACGCAAAACUUACCAAAAAAUGGUUUGAAAGACUUUUGGAAGGCUGCUCAUACGGCUUGCAGCUGAGUACCAAUGAAGCCAUACAUGCCACAUUACUUGUAUAUCGACAACUUCUGUCGUUAAAGGGAACUUAUUUGCACGAACAGUUUGACGAAAUUUACGAAAUGACAAUGAGGUAUAAAGAUCACAAGUCAAGCGUCAUUCGGAAAGAGGUCUACGCUAUUUUGCCCCUUUUGGCUGCCGCCGACUCUGAGGUUUUUACCGAAAAGUAUCUGGAUCACAUCAUGAUUCAUUAUUUGACUUUACUAAAAAAUGCAACCCCAACAAACAAUGCCGAUAAGGCUGCUAUUUCUGUAUCAAUUGGCGAUAUUGCUCAAGAAGUUGGUUCAAGUAUCGCCCCUUACAUGGAUUCAAUUCUUGACAACGUGAGGGACGUACUAAUGACAAAAUUCAAAUGGAGAAAAGAAUUCGAAGCGGAGGUUUUUUACUGCGUGGCGAAAUUAGCAUGCGCAGUAGGCCCCGUUUUAGCCAAAUAUCUUAACCAAGAUCUUCUAGAUCUUAUGCUUGCGUGUCCGUUGUCCGACCACAUGCAAACCACUUUGACGACAAUCAUCGAAAAAAUUCCCGCGUUGGGGCCUUCUAUAAAUGAAAAGUCUCUCGACAUGCUAUGUCUAAUUUUGUCUGGGGAGAAGUUCAAGCCACCUGGCUCUCCAAUUCCAUUGAAACCUCUGAACAGCGAUCGAGCUAGACAUUAUAGAGAUCAAUCGACUUUGAGAAAGACAGGCGAAGUAAACGACGACAUCUUUGACGUUCAUAUCCUCAAUCAAGCGUUGAUUAUGCUUCACAAGAUAAAUUAUAGAUACUCAUUGGCGGACUUUGUGAGAAUGAUCACUAUUUCUUACAUCGAGCAUGAAAGUCCUCAAGUAAGGAAAUUUGCUGCACUCACAUCCUGUGACCUGUUUGUGAAAGAUCAAGUCUGUAAGCAAACUUCACUACACGCACUUAAUACAGUGUCAGAAGUUCUGAGUAAGCUACUCACAAUAGCUAUCACAGAUCCCGUAGUGGAAAUCAGAUUUGAAGUACUGAGGCAUCUAGAUAUGAGCUUCGACCCGCAGCUAUCUCAGCCGGAUAAUGUCAGGCUUCUAUUCAUGGCUUUGAAUGACGAAGUUUUCGCUAUCCAGAUGGAAGCAAUGAAGAUCAUCGGAAGGCUUUCUAUGGUAAAUCCUGCCUACGUUAUACCAUCGCUACGAAAGACUUUGUUGCAACUUUUAAGUCAGCUCAGCUUUUCAAACAUGUCCCGCAAGAAAGAAGAGAGCGCUUCUUUGAUAAGCACUUUAAUAAGCUCAAGUCAAGACGUUACGAAGCCUUACAUUGAGCCUAUUCUGGACGUACUUCUUCCGAAGUGUCAGGACAACUCUUCUGCGGUGGCAUCAACAGCUUUAAAGGCAGUGGGUGAACUGGCAGUGGUCGGAGGUGAGGAGCUGAUUCCAUUUCUUGGUCAGCUCAUGCCAUUGAUUAUAAACACAUUUCAGGACCAGUCCAAUUCAUUCAAACGUCUUGCCGCUUUGAAGGCUUUGGGUCAACUUUCAGCAUCUUCGGGUUACGUCAUUGAUCCGCUUCUAAGCUUUCCACAGCUGCUGGGUGUUUUGAUCAACAUUCUCAAAUCAGAAAGCUCACAGAAUAUAAGGCGAGAAACUGUUCGUCUCAUAGGUAUCUUGGGUGCUCUAGAUCCUUACAAGCACAGGGAGGUCGAGCGCACUUCUAGUGCAAAUAUCACGGCCGAGCAGAAUGCGCCACCAAUUGACGUCGGCUUAUUGAUGCAAGGCAUGUCUCCGUCAAAUGAUGACUAUCAUCCAACGGUGGUGAUAGCUACUCUGAUGAAAAUUCUCAAUGAUCCAUCUCUUUCAUCUCACCAUACUUCGGUAAUACAAGCGGUGAUGCAUAUUUUCCAAACAUUAGGGGUGCGUUGUGUCUCUUUUCUCAAGCAGAUUGUACCAGGUAUUAUCCACGUUAUGCAAGCAUGUCCUCCAUCACUGUUGGAAUUCUAUUUUCAGCAAUUGGGAAUUCUUGUUUCGAUUGUUAACCAACAUAUACGCCCCUUCGUGGGAGAGAUCUUUGAGGUUAUCGAAGAGUUUUUCCCCAUAGUCAAGCUUCAAAUCACGAUUAUAUCAGUGAUUGAGUCAAUUUCAAAGUCUUUGAAAGGAGAGUUCAGAGGUUUCCUUGCCCAAACCUUGGUUCUCUUUCUCGAUGUCUUGGAGAAAGAUAAGUCGAAUAAGAAAUUGGUUUCAGUGAGAAUAAUGAAAUCCUUAGUAGUGUUUGAUGCGAACUUAGAUGAGUUCGCUCACCUCAUUAUCCCAGCAAUCGUGAGAAUUGCAGAGUUUGGUGUUAGUGCUCUUAACAAAGUUGCGAUUAUAACACUAGGAAGACUGGCAAAGACUGUCAAUCUUUCGGAAAUGUCAUCUAGGAUUGUUCAGGCACUUAUACGCGUUUUGAACACGGGAAACUCCGAAUUGAUAAGAGCGACCAUGAAUACUUUAAGUCUCUUGCUGCUUCAACUAGGCGUUGAUUUUGCGGUCUUUAUCCCGAUAAUCAAUAAGACUUUGGUGCGGAAUCAGAUUCAGCACACAGUAUACGACCAACUUGUCAAUAAACUGCUGAAUCAUGAGGCGCUGCCAACAAAUAUCAUCAUUGAUCGUGAUUUCGAAGUUGUCAGUAAAGAGGUUGCUGAUGUCGAGUUGCCUACCAAAAAACUUCCUGUCAAUCAGCUCAUUCUGAAAAAUACUUGGGAAUGCAGCCAACAGAGAACUAAGGAAGACUGGCAGGAAUGGAUACGUCGUUUGGCUGUCCAACUCCUCAAAGAAUCGCCCUCUCAUGCGCUUAGAGCUUGCUCGGGUCUUGCAGGUAUUUACCAUCCAUUGGCCAGGGAACUUUUCAAUGCAUCAUUUGCAAGUUGUUGGACUGAGUUGUACACACAAUACCAAGAUGACCUCGUAAAUUCUUUGUGUUUGGCACUUUCCUCUCCUAACAAUCCACCUGAAAUUCACCAAACGUUGUUGAACUUGGUUGAGUUCAUGGAGCAUGACGAUAAGCCUCUUCCAAUACCAGUGCCUGUUUUAGGUGAAUACGCCCAAAAGUGUCAUGCAUAUGCCAAAUCCCUUCAUUUCAAGGAAUUGGCUUUCAUACAAGAGCCAAGCACAUCGACGAUCGAGUCUCUCAUUAGCAUCAACAAUCAAUUACAUCAGACCGACGCAGCAAUUGGCAUUCUUAAACACGCUCAACAGCACCAUGAUCUUCAGCUCAAAGAAACAUGGUAUGAAAAGUUGCAAAGGUGGGAAGAUGCUUUAAGCUCCUACAGUCAGCGAGAACGGGCCGGUGAAGACUCUAUUGAAGUAAGGCUGGGGAAAAUGAGAUCACUUCACGCCUUGGGAGAAUGGGAUCGUCUAUCCGAACUAGCUGCUGAAAAGUGGAACACGUCCAGUCUAGAUAUUAAAAGGGUAAUUGCACCUCUAGCUGCGGGUGCUGCCUGGGGUUUAGGUCAAUGGGAUCGCAUUGACCAGUAUAUUGAUGCUAUGAAAAGACAGUCCCCAGACAAAGCCUUUUUUGACGCCAUUUUAUGCACACAUAGGAAUGACUUUGAAAAAGCACAGACACAUAUAUUCGAGGCUAGAGAUCUUCUGGUUACUGAAAUUUCCGCUCUGGUGAAUGAGAGUUACAACAGAGCAUAUAGUGUGAUAGUUCGCUCACAAAUGAUAUCGGAACUAGAGGAAAUCAUUGACUACAAAAAGCUUGCCCCUGCGUCAGAAAAGAGGGCUGCUUUGAGAAAGACAUGGAACAAAAGACUACUUGGAUGUCAGAAAAACGUUGACGUUUGGCAGAGAAUUUUAAGAGUGCGUUCUCUUGUGGUGAAACCUAAACAAGAUAUGCAAGUGUGGAUAAAAUUCGCCAAUCUUUGCAGAAAAUCGGGAAGAAUGGGAUUAGCUCAAAAAGCGCUCAAUUCACUUUUGGAGGACGGUGGUGACCCUGCCCACCCAAAUACUGCAAGAGCGCCACCUCCAGUUGUGUAUGCACAGCUGAAGUAUAUGUGGGCAACUGGAUCGCAGAAAGAAGCCCUGCGUCACUUAAUAAGCUUUACUUCCAGGGUUGCUCAUGAUUUAGGGUUAGAUCCUAGCAAUAUGAUUGCUCAAAGUGUCCCCCAAAGUAGCACUAUACCAAUCCAUCACGUUGAGGAGUACACAAAAUUGUUGGCUCGUUGCUUCCUCAAACAAGGUGAGUGGAGAGUAUCCCUGCAAAGCAAUUGGAUUCUAGAAAAUCCAGACGCGAUUUUGGGCUCUUACCUGUUAGCUACACAUUUUGACAAUAAGUGGUACAAAGCUUGGCACAACUGGGCGCUAGCCAAUUUUGACGUCAUUACUAUCAACUCCAGUGAAGAUAAGAUACGAAGCCAGGGAAAUCUAAACGACAAUGUUACACCAGUUCCUGAGGGCCCAGCAGGCAUGGGCAUGGAAGGAAAUGUUGUUAACAACCAUAACCUGUCACCCGAAUUGGUACAGAGGCACGUCGUACCGGCAAUAAAGGGCUUCUUCCACUCUAUCUUACACUCGGAAUCGAACUCUUUGCAGGACACAUUGAGGCUUCUCACGCUGUGGUUCAAGUUUGGUGGCAUUCCAGAAGCCACUCAGGCUAUGCACGAAGGUUUUGAUCUAAUCAAAAUUGACAAAUGGUUGGAUGUUGUCCCUCAACUGAUUACUAGAAUCCAUCAACCAAACCAAAUUGUUAGCAGAUCACUAUUAUCGUUGCUUUCGGAUCUAGGGAAAGCUCACCCCCAGGCUUUAGUAUACCCAUUGACCGUUGCUAUAAAAUCGGAAUCGGUUUCUAGGCAAAAGGCAGCUUUAUCGAUCAUUGCGAAAAUGAGAGUUCACAGCUCGGUUCUGGUUGACCAGGCUGAAAUGGUGAGCCACGAACUAAUUCGGGUUGCGGUCUUGUGGCAUGAGCUCUGGUAUGAGGGCCUGGAAGACGCCAGUCGACAGUUCUUCGGAGAGCAUAAUACCGAGAAGAUGUUUGCCACAUUAGAACCUCUUCAUGAAAUGCUGAAAAGAGGACCAUCUACUUUGCGAGAAAUAUCAUUCCAGAAUUCGUUUGGGAGAGACUUGAACGACGCUUACGAGUGGGUAAUGAACUACAAGCGAAACAAGGAUAUAACCAAUUUGAACCAAGCUUGGGACAUCUAUUACAAUGUUUUCCGCCGGAUUAGUCGCCAGUUGCCACAACUGCAAACACUCGAGCUGCAGCAUGUUUCUCCUAAACUGUUAGCUGCUUGCGAUUUGCAACUAGCCGUGGCUGGCACUUAUCAGGCGGGCAAGCCCGUCGUACACAUCUCAUACUUCGAGCCCAUUUUCUACGUGAUCUCCUCUAAACAAAAACCUAGGAGGUUGUCGGUCAGAGGCAGUGAUGGAAAAGACUACCAAUACCUGUUGAAGGGACAUGAAGAUCUCAGACAGGAUAAUUUGGUGAUGCAACUAUUUGGUUUAGUCAAUACUCUGUUACAGAACGACUCGGAAUGCUCCCAAAGACAUUUGGAUAUCCGAAGGUAUCCAACAAUUCCUCUGUCACCAAAGUCAGGAUUACUGGGAUGGGUUAAUAACAGUGACACGUUCCAUGUUCUCAUAAGGGAGCAUCGUGAGGCGAGGAAAAUACCCUUGAACAUUGAGCACAGGAUCAUGCUGCAGAUGGCUCCUGAUUAUGACAAUUUGACGUUGCUACAGAAGAUUGAGGUUUUCACCUAUGCACUGGACAACACUCGAGGCCAAGACUUACACAAGGUGCUAUGGCUUAAAAGUAGAUCGUCGGAAGCUUGGCUGGAGCGGCGCACUACAUACACCAGAUCCUUAGCGGUGAUGUCCAUGGUGGGCUACAUUUUGGGUCUGGGCGACCGGCACCCAAGCAAUUUGAUGCUGGAUCGCAUAACAGGUAAGGUUAUUCACAUUGAUUUCGGGGAUUGUUUUGAAGCUGCAAUUUUGAGAGAGAAGUACCCUGAAAAGGUUCCCUUCCGUCUCACUCGGAUGUUGACGUAUGCUAUGGAAGUGAGCGGUAUUGAAGGCAGUUUCCGCAUAACCUGCGAAAACGUAAUGAGGGUUUUGAGAGAUAACAAAGAGUCCUUGAUGGCAAUUUUGGAAGCAUUUGCAUACGAUCCCUUGAUCAACUGGGGAUUUGAUUUACCUACACAAACCAUUGCUGAGCACACCGGUACAGAACUUUCGCUUGCUAACCCCAGUGAACUUUUGCGCAAGGGCACAAUUUCAGCAGAGGAAGCAGCGAAGAUGGAGAUCCGACAGAAGUCAGAAAUCAGAAACGCUCGCGCAAUGUUGAUUUUGAAGAGAAUCACAGACAAACUGACAGGUAAUGACAUGCGGAGGUUCCAAGACCUCAACGUCCCAGACCAAGUGGAAAAACUUAUUCAGCAGGCCACGUCGGUGGAAAACCUAUGCCAACAUUAUAUUGGCUGGUGCUCGUUCUGGUAA